CCUCCAUAUGACUUCCGAUAUACCAAAAAUAUGGCGCAGUCACCACCGACGAAUUCGACUGUUACUUCUACCACUGAAACUGGUGAGAUUUCCUUUAAAUUACUCUUUCCUUCUUAAAUGUGAUAUCUUAUUAUCUUUGUUAUCUUUUUAGUUGUUUCGACGUUACACAUAAUGGCUACUACCGACCACACUGAUGAGGAUAACAGAGAUUUUUAUACUGGCCUCGGAUUAGCGAUCAGUUCUAGCGUUUUCAUCGGGACCAGUUUUAUCAUCAAGAAAAAAGGCUUGCUUAAAGUGAAAGAUAGCUCAGGGACGAGAGCAGGUGAGGAUUCAUUGAGGUAUGCGUCGCUUCAUCAGUUUGCGGUGUGCUACACGUAAUGAAUGCUUUCGAUUUGCAGGACAUACACAUGAAUUUUUAAGCACAAGAAGCGUGAUCAUGAAGCUUACUGUCGAUAUUAGCGGAUGAGCUGAAAUGUUAUGAAUUUGAAUUAAUGUAUCUGUUAUUUUGUUUCUGUGUUUAAGGUCAGGGCGGCUACGCUUAUCUAAAGGAAUGGUUGUGGUGGUCAGGAAUGAUUACAAGUGAGAAGGAAUUUUUUUUAAAUGAACUCGUGUACUGCAUGAAUUGACACCAUUCUUCCCUCUUCAGCACAGAGCAAAUAUCAUUAAGAAUAGAGUGGCAAAUGUUUUGUUUUUCCGUCUCCGAAGGAACGGCAGUAAUAAUCUUUUCGACUCUCUACUUCUCACUUGGCAUAUAUUGUUCGGAUAGUUCUCUCUUUAUAUUAUUUUGAGACAAGUUUUGCGUCUAUUUAAAACUGUUAUGUGAGAAAUAUACUAACAACAGUUUCGGUUAAUAACUGGAAGGUGUCACUCAAUUUUAAGCUAAAUUGGUUAUCGUAUUUUUACCAAUUUCACUGAGUCCUUAGACACUUGAAAUUGUAUAUACCUGAGUUAAUGUAAAAUUUCAACAUCAUCAGUUGUAGUGAGCUUCACUACAAUAAUUGUCGAGUAAGCGUUAAUUUCCUUAUCUGUAGAGUUGUGCUUACAAUUAACCACAGCUAAUAUGUACAGUAACUUUUCCUUAUGUUUCCAAAGUCAUCCAGGAUUUUCCUUGUUUGACUUUGCCUGUGGUCUAGAAAAACUUGGAAAAACAAAGGCCAGUCUGGACCAGAUCAUAAAAUAAUAUAAUAGGCCUCUCUUCAUUCAUUUCAUUGUUUCCACGUUGAGUUCUCAUUUGGCUUUUUCUGAUACACAUAUACUGACCAUUGUGAACACUCUGAUAAAGUUUUACAACAGCCAUUUUAGAAGAGUGCUGUUUACAUUUCAGUCAAUCAGAGCUUAGAUUAUCUAGCCGCAUGCCAAUUCAGCAGGAUGUGCAAGAGGAAUUAUAGCAGAAAGAAGACUUAGUCAAAAUAUGUGGCUUUUUUUCUUUUCUUAGAAUAAACACAGCAUUUUUUUUUUCAGUGAUUGUUGGUGAAAUUGCCAACUUCACAGCAUAUGCCUUUGCCCCAGCGAUUCUUGUCACUCCAUUGGGAUCUCUUAGUGUGUUGGUGAGGUAGGUUCACAUUGAUAGUGAAGGCCAAUUUCUGCUUAUUAUCUCAUAUCAUCUGUGGGUAAACUGUCUAGGAAUAUCCCAAAGUAACCCUUUGAUCCCCAAGAAUGACUAGCAUCAAAUUUCUCCUCACAACAUCACCCCUAAAUCACUCUACAAGGUCAUGGGAAUGAAGGAAAUAAUCACCAACUGAAGAAGCUCUUGAUUAUAAAACAAAUUCUUCAUGUCAACAUCGUAAGAGAAGUGUAGAGACUAGUAUGGAGAAUGUACAUACUGAUACUAGGGUAUAAAGGAUUAAGGACAAAUCUUCUGGUUUGUGUACUAAAUCUCCUGGCUUUUCUCUGAGUUUAUCAAGUCAAGAACUGAUCUCCUGUUCUUCCAGACAGUUUGCUUAAAUCUCUUGGAUGAAAGUUGAUUUUUAAAAGAAGAAGACUCUGAUAAAGUUAUCAGUGUCAAUCAAAACAGAGAUACAGUACUUGUGUUUUUGCAAUUUUCUGGAAUCUGAUUGUGUCAAGGAAAAAAAGUUAAUGAGCUUGUUGUUCUGAAGUGUGUUCACUUGUUCUUAUUACACAAUCAUGUUACUGGUCUUAGCACAAUCAACAGUAGCAUCUGUCCAUUUGUUUGUUAGGUGUUCAUGGUUCUCUGAGGUUUACUGACCCAAACCCUAAGCAGAGUGUUCUUUCUUGCAGUGCAAUGCUAGCUUCUUAUUUUCUGAAGGAGAAACUAAAUCUUCAUGUUAAAAUUGGCUGUUUCCUGUCAAUCAUUGGAUCCACUGUACUAGUCAUUCAUGCACCACAGGAAGAGGAAGUACAGAGUAUGGAUAAUUUGGAACCAAAACUUACAUCACCAGGUGUUUAUUUUUUUUUAUGACAAAUGUUAAUCCUUUCACCCUAAGAUCUCAGAAUAAAUGUUUUUAACUGUCUGCCACAAUGGGAGACAUGGUGGCCAAAUGAUUAGUGCUCUAAACUCUGGGCUUAGAAGUCUGGGUCAAGACCUGGUUGGGUUGGGUCUGUGUGGUGUUUCUUGGGCAAAACACUUAACUCUCACUCUACCCUCCUUACUCAGGAGUAGAAAUUACUCACAACAAAUUGUCAGGGUAGCCUGAUAAAAUGCAAGGGGGUAAUCUAGCAAUGGGCUAGUAUCCCUUGUAAAGGGGAGUAGUGAUGUUCCUAGUUGCUUCAUGCUAAGGAAGCAGGAUAACCUCUGGCUGAGCAGGCCACUUUGCUUGAGUAGAAACCACUACCUAUUAUUUGUUAUAAUUUCAGCUUGGAAAAUUUUGUCAUCAUUGCUUAAUCAAUCAAUGUUUCUUACUAACUUUGUGUAAGUUGAAUGGGUGAGAGUUCAUGGCUGGGUUGCAGGGAAGUGCCUGCUUGGUUGGCUCAAUAUAGCAGAAGCCUAGGAUACCUGCAGCAUCCACCAACCAUUUCAUCAUAGACAGUGGUUUUAACCCUUUAAAUCUCAAGAUCUAGAUGUUAAUUCUCCCUUCUGGAUGCUAUACAUUUCCCUGUAAAGUGGUUACAAGAGUUGGGUGUUCAAUCAAGAUGACUUCUACCCAAUAGGUUUGAAUAUUCUCAUCACCUGUUGAGCUGGAAAAUAUUUGCAAAUUAUAGGGAGAAGUUACAUGUUAAUCACAUGUGGGAGUUUCUCCCAAUAUUAAAUACUGGUAUCUGAAAUAAUUGAUUGAGCAGUAUUUAUUUAUUUCUCCUUCAGGAUUUAUUGGUUAUGGAUUUAUAGUUAUUGUCUUUGCACUUGUGCUGAUAUUCUACUAUGGACCUCGAUAUGGCAAUACAAAUAUUAUGGUGUAUAUUGCAAUCUGUUCUCUAAUUGGAUCAUUGUCAGUUAUGGGAUGCAAAGGCCUUGGUAUUGUUAUCAAGCAGACAUUGCAUGGAGACAGUCAGCUAACAAAUCCAGUAGCAUGGGGAUUGAUAGUUGGAGUGUUAGCUUGUGUCUUGACGCAGAUGAACUAUUUGAACAAGGCUCUUGACAUAUUCAACACAUCAUUGGUUACACCUAUAUAUUACGUCAUGUUUACAACAUUAACAAUAAUUGCUUCAGCCAUUUUGUUCCGGGAGUGGGAAGUAUUGGACUCAAAGGACACAAUAGGUGCAAUUUGUGGAUUCCUGACAAUUGUGUCUGGAGUGUUUCUAUUACAUGCAUUCAAGGAUGUCCACUUCACUUUAAAAGACAUUCUGAAGUCAAACUCCCAAGCAAACGGCAUUCCUAAAGUGAAAUAUGUAAGCAAACAACCUAAUGAAGAAUCACGAGCAAUCCUCAUGCAAAAUGACACCAGUAUCACUGACGAUGAAGAGGAAACUGGGUUUGCCAAUAGUAUAAAUCAUUUAUGACAUUUUUGAGUCAAUGACAUUUAAUUUUAUAAUAAUGAUAAUGUAAAAUUAUUAAGGUAGCUAAAAGGGUGAGUGUUUUCUUGAUUAGCGUCACCAAUUUAUAAGUCACAUCUUUUGAAACCCAAGUGGUAAAUGUGUAAAUAGACAGUUACUUGAAUGAGUGUUUUGCACAAAACCACUGUUCAUUUUAUUUAUACAAUAUUUCUACAUUAAGGAUUGUCUUAUACUGACUUACUCAGUUGACCUAAACCAAUAUUCAGAUAGACAAACACUAGCUUAAACUCUUUUGAAUGAUUAACAAAUAACUUCUCCCUUCUCACAUCAUCAUGCAGAUAGCUGACAAGGAUACAGAAAAACUUUCAGCCUCAGUUUGUGUUUACAAUAUUGCUCAAAAAUCUCUUGACUGCCAUAAGAGGAAAUUCAAAGAGAGCUUAUAAUCAGAUAUCAAUUCAAGGCUUUUAAUCUGGCUGCAAUUCUAUUUCAUAACAAUACCAAAUUUAUGCAGCGUCACAGGGUUCUCAAUAAGUCAGGGAGUAGAAGGCUAACUGCUGGGAGUAGAUUGUUGACAAUUUGGGGGCUUCUUCCAGGGGUCCUUGGGUAUGCUGCUCAUAAAAUAUAUUUGAAAGGUAGUUGCUCUGAAGUGCCAUUUCGAGCAUUCUUUUGAAGGUACGUGCAAAGCAAUAUGGUAGUUGGCUGGCUAGGUAAACUUGUGCCAGUUGUAGAUUGCAUAAGUGCUCAACCAGCCAAAUGUGUUUUUGUGGAAUGCCAAAAUGGCUUUUGAGAAAGCUCUCUAUUUUUUUUUUUUUUUUUUUUUGAAUACUGCCAUCUUUUAUAUGGUGAAUUUGUACAUUCUCUAGAGAAUCUGAAAAUGUCCUUAAAUU